UCAAAUCAGAUCCUUAAAGGUCAAAUUAAUUUUGUUCUCAAAAUACACGCACGGACGCACGCUCGGAGACUCUGUUCCCAAAUUCUAUUUCUAAACCAGAAAGAAGAACAAAUAAACUAGAAAAAAAAAGCACCCCUUUUUCUUUUUGUCUGUACAAUUGCACGAUCCUUCCAGUUUAUAUACAAAGAAAUAGAAUUGCGAGUUGAAGAGAUAAGGGCAGAAAAAUACGGAGGGCUAUUCAAUUUUAACUUCAUUUUUGUGUCUCUCUUUUUUUUUGGAGUUUAUUUGAAUUCGUCGACAUUGCACUAAUUUCUGAAUCUCAUUGCUUAGGGUUUUGUUUUUCAUGAACUUUGAAAUUCUGAUUAACUAUUUUUGUGAUGGAUCGCUUUUUACUUUUUUCUUUUUUAAAUUUUCUUGCCCCGAAAAAGGAAAGGUUUUUUGACCUUUACUUGAUUUUUAUCGAUAUCAAUUCUAAUAGUUAGAGCUAAAUUACUGUUAUUAGUAUCUCAGUUGUAUCAGGACAUCUUUGUAAUAGAAUUGACGCCUCUGCUGUUUUUUCCUGGGGGACCAAUAUACAACAUUUCGCCCAAUAUUUCCAUUUCUUUGCAAUUUAUUUCUGUAGAAACAUAUUGUGGGCUGUUGUGAAGAAAAAUUGGGUUUUAGUUUCGGAUUGCAAACAGUAUCUAGUCAUCCACCAUAAACUCUCGGGGUGUUAGAUAAGGUUUCAGAGUAUGGGGGAGCAAGGGGGAUGGAUGGACCCUAGCGGGCCACUACCAAAUGGGCUGUUGCCAGGAGCAGGCCAGGUGAUGCGGGCGCUUGAAACUGACAGAUGGUUGAAAGCGGAGGACAGGACGGCAGAGCUCAUUACCUGUAUUCAACCCAAUCCGCUAUCUGAGGAUCGCAGGAAUGCUGUUGCUGAUUACGUGCAGCGGCUCAUCAUGAAAUGCUUUCCCUGUCAGGUUUGUACGUUUGGUUCUGUACCCUUGAAGACUUAUCUACCCGAUGGAGACAUUGAUUUGACUGCUUUCAGUCAUGAUCUUAAUUUGAAAGAUACAUGGGCCAGUCGAGUUCGUGAUAUGCUGGAGAAUGAGGAGAAGAAUGAGAAUGCUGAAUUUCACGUGAAGGAAGUCCAGUAUAUUCAAGCUGAAGUGAAGAUAAUUAAAUGUCUAGUGGAAAAUAUUGUGGUAGACAUAUCCUUUAAUCAGGUUGGUGGUUUAUGUACGCUGUGCUUCCUCGAUGAGGUUGAUAAUCUGAUAAAUCAAAAUCAUCUGUUCAAGCGCAGCAUUAUAUUGAUUAAGGCAUGGUGUUAUUAUGAAAGCCGUAUAUUGGGGGCUCAUCAUGGACUUAUUUCUACUUAUGCUUUGGAGACCUUAGUUCUUUACAUCUUUCACGUUUACAACAAUUCCUUUCAUGGACCACUUGAGGUCCUCUACCGUUUUCUGGAGUUUUUCAGCAACUUUGACUGGGACAAUUUUUGUGUUAGCUUAUGGGGACCUGUGCCCAUUAGUUCCCUACCUGAUGUAACUGCGGAAGCUCCUCGGAAGGACAGUGGAGAAUUGCUCCUUAGCAAAUUUUUUCUUGAUGCUUGUAGCUCUGUGUAUGCUGUUUUCCCUGGUGGCCAUGAAAAUAAUGGACAGCCAUUUGUUUCCAAACAUUUUAAUGUUAUUGAUCCUUUACGCGUGAACAACAACCUUGGACGUAGUGUUAGUAAAGGUAAUUUCUUUAGAAUACGGAGUGCAUUUGCUUUUGGAGCUAAAAGACUGGCUAGAUUACUUGACUGCACCCAAGAAAAUGUAAUUUUUGAAGUUAAUCAGUUCUUCACAAAUACAUGGGCUAGGCACAGCAGCGGCGAUCGGCCUGAUGCACCAGGAAUUGAUUUGGGGUGCUUGAGAUUAUCAACUCCAGAGAGCAUUCAUGAAUUUGAUAAUUCAAACAACAAUGUGAUUGGCAAAAAAGUAAAUGGUAGGUCCUCUGGUCAUAAGAUGGUGGCUGAGGGGGUUCAUGCACAUGUUUCCUCUCAACACGGUAAUUAUUCACCUGUAAGCAUGUCUAGAAAAAGUGAGUCAUCCACAGCUUCUGAAACUCAAAGCUUAAAAAACCACGUCAUGUUGAGUAGCUUGAGGGGUUCUUCACAAAGUAGAAGAGAUGCUACUUCCAAUCAGGUUCUGAAUAAUGAGAAAGGUCAGAGAGAUCUGAAACCUGAUAGUUUGGUGAAUGAAUUCCAGGGAAAGUCUAUUCUUGCCAGAACACGCUCAAGCCCAGAGCUUACUGACACAUAUACUGAUGUUUCAUGGCAUAAUAGAUCAACUGAAAGUGCGAAAGUACAUGCUACUUCUUUAAGGCCAGACAGUAGUAACAGGAGGAACAAUGGUUCUGAAGGUUUAGCAUGCAAUAGCAGUCAAUCUUCAGUUGACAAGACUCAAUAUGGCGGGCACAUUCCAUCCAGUCAAAGUCUAGACACUGCUGACUCUAAUAGCAGCUCACAUAGCUAUCACAGAGAUUCUGGGUUGGAUGCAUCAAAUGAAGAGCUUUCCUCAACCUCUGGAACCCGGGGGAUGCACCAGGAAGAACAAGAUUUUGUCAACAUGAUGGCAUCUGCUUCUUUUCAUGGCUUUAACAGUCAGGUUCACUUGCCAUUCAACCUAUCAUCAGCUCAAAUGCCUUUCAUGAUCUCACCGUCGUCGUUAGCUUCAAUGGGAUAUGGUCAACAGAAUCUACCAGGAUUGCUUCCUACAAAUAUGCCUGCAUUCGAACCUUCUUUUUCACACUUGCAAGUUCCUCAUGGUCUGGUUUCACCCCAAUUCACUCAUAAUCUCCCAAGCAUCCAUCUCGUGUCAAGGUCUGAUGAUAUGCUGGUGCGAAGUAAUGAGAACUUCGAUUCUGUGAGAAUGAACUCCAUGGAAUCAGGUGAUGAAUUCUUGCUGGAGCAGGAUGUUGGCUCCACUAGUGGGUACGACCCUGAUAAUGGAAGUUUUGAAAUGAUUCAGUCAUAUGAUAAACCACAGGCAACAUCGUCCAGUUUAAAAUAUAUCCCUCCAUUUCGAAUAAGUGGUAAGCAUACCAAAGAAAAACAUGGAUCAAUGAGGGAGGAUAGUGAUAAUUUCUCAUUUCAAAAUAUCAGAGGUAAGGAGGCUUAUGAAGAAGAAAGACCUGCAAGUUCUAGGUUCUCUUCUGCUACUCGUAGUAGUUCUUUGAGAAGUAGAGCUUCUUCAGAGGGUUCCUGGGGUGGCCAUGGAAAAGGCAAAAUUAUGUCCGAACAUGUUACAAAUCAAGCUGAAGAUAAUGAUCAGGAAUGGCUUGCACCAUCGAAUGUGGGGACUGAAAUGGCAGAACGAAAUCCGGUUUCUCAAUCUGUUGCAUCUUUGUAUGUUCCAAGGCGUCCUGUGCCUGGCUUUGAAGUUGCUCAGACAAGUGGAUCAGACUCGGUGAUUCCCAUUGCCCCGAUGCUGAUAGCUCCUGGUUCUAGACAGAGGAUGAUGGAUAAUAAUGGACUUGUUGCAUUUUAUCCUACUGGGCCUCCAAUCCCAUUUGUAACAAUGCUUCCAGUAUACAAUAUUCCUCCUGAGACUGGAAUAUCAGAUCAAUUAACGGACCAUUUUGAAGCCGAUGAAAGCUUGGAUAACAGUGACUCUUGUCAGAACUAUAGUCCUUUUGAGGGCUUUGACCAGUCUGAGGAUUUAAAUUCUUCUAGUUCCUUGAGAGGGACAACUACCAUUGAGUCAUCUGAUGAGCAAAAGUCUGAUAUUCUCAACAGCGACUUUGCCAGCCAUUGGCAAAAUUUGCAAUUUGGAAGGUUCUGCCAGAAUCCGCACUCCCAUGGACCUUUAAUCUAUCCUUCACCAGUAAUGGUCCCACCAGUUUAUCUGCAGGGUCAUUUCCCAUAUGAUAAUCCUGGAAGAACACUUUCAGCUAAUACAAACCUUUUGACUCAGCUUGCAAGUUAUGGUCAACAUCUAGUUCCGAUUGCUCCCCUUCAGUCUGUUUCCAGUAGAUCUCCAUAUGUAAGUCCAAAAUACAUUGAUGAUAUACCAAGAUAUCGUAGCGGGACUGGGACUUACUUGCCGAAUCCUGUAAGAUAAUUUAUCAUACUUGUU